GGGGAUACAGUAUCCGUAAAAAAUAGAUUGCGUUUUCAGACGAAAACAGACACAUGGGGACGGGGUCUAAAGCAGAUCACUGGUAGCUUUUAUAAAACUGGGAAUUUAUUUCCUUUUUUUUAGAAUUACGUUUUUUUAAGUUUUAAUUUAAAUUAAGCAACGUCAAAGUGCUACUCUUGAGAUGCUAAGAUGGGUUCCCUGUGGUAAGCUAGUGUAGCCGCUGACCCUUGACGAGAUUCCAAUAUGGCGGACGGAUCGGUGCCCAAAGCAGGCGAUCAACGAGUUUUACGUGUAAACCAGCUGGACGCAACACAGUUAGACUACGAGAUCAUUAACAUCCUACGGUCUCAACUUCGUCGAGCUUUCCAGUUUUUUGAGCAUGGAGUGUUGUCAAAGAUUGAACCAGAGCUGAAUGCAUUGUUGCGCUUACUGGUGUGGAAGUUUUCUGUAUACAGCCGUGGUUCAACUGUUGGACAACAGAUGCUGAACAUGAAAUACAGUGAUAAAUAUUCCAGUCAAGGAACAAUGAGCAUGGUCCAGAAAGUUGGCUUUGGUCUGAUUGUUAUUGGUGGCCGCUAUUUGCAGGACAGAAGCACAGAAAUUAAACUAUUAUGCAGAAGAUUUGGAGACUUUUCUAUAAUAUGGAGAUGUCUCUAUGUUGGUGAAAAGAUUUUGCAGUUUGCUUCAAUGAUAAACUUCUUGGUCUUUCUCCAGAAAGGGAGAUACCAGUCAUUAUUGGAAAGAUUGCUUGGAAUUCACCAUGUCUUUGAACAACGACAGUCCCUUAGACAAGUAAGCUUCGAAUUCAUGACAAGGGAGCUUUUAUGGCAUGGCUUUGCUGAAUUUCUUUUCUUUUUGCUGCCACUAAUCAAUGUGCACAAGCUGAAGAACUUGAUCAUGCGCCAGUUCACACGCCCUGCCCUGCCCAGUUCUCCUAAUGUAAAGGUUGCCUUUCAUCAGUGCAGCAUUUGCAGCGAACCACCAACAGCACCUCAUCAAGGUGCUUGUGAACAUGUCUUCUGCUAUUACUGCAUCAAGGGAAACAGUAUGGCAGACCCAUCUUUUCCUUGUCCGCUUUGUGGUACACCUGUGGGAGAGGCAGUUCACCCAGUUGAAUGCACUGUCGCCCUCCAAGUCAAGUGAGAGGACAUGUACCCAGUUGAAUGCACUAUCGCCCUCCAAGUCAAGUGAGUGGGGACAUGUGCCCAGUGGAAUGCACUGUCGCCCUCCAAGUCAAGUGAGAGGACAUGUACCCAGUUGAAUGCACUGUCGGCCUCCAAGUCAAGUGAGAGGACAUGUACCCAGUUGAAUGCACUGUCGGCCUUCAAGUCAAGUGAGAGAAGAAAUAUGCCCAGUGGAAUGCACUGUCGCCCUCCAAGUCAAGUGAGAGGGGACAUGUACCCAGUUGAAUGCACUGUCGCCCUCCAAGUCAAGUGAGUGGGGACAUGUGCCCAGUGGAAUGCACUGUCGGCCUCCAAGUCAAGUGAGAGGACAUGUACCCAGUUGAAUGCACUGUCGGCCUUCAAGUCAAGUGAGAGAGGAAAUAUGCCCAGUUGAAUGCACUGUCGCCCUCCAAGUCAAGUGAGGGGACAUGUGCUUAGUUGAAUGCACUGUCGCCCUCCAAGUCAAGUGAGUGGGGACAUGUGCCCAGUGGAAUGCACUGUCGCCCUCCAAGUCAAGUGAGAGGACAUGUACCCAGUUGAAUGCACUGUCGGCCUCCAAGUCAAGUGAGAGGACAUGUACCCAGUUGAAUGCACUGUCGGCCUUCAAGUCAAGUGAGAGAAGAAAUAUGCCCAGUGGAAUGCACUGUCGCCCUCCAAGUCAAGUGAGUGGGGGCAUGUGCCCAGUGGAAUGCACUGUCGGCCUCCAAGUCAAGUGAGAGGACAUGUACCCAGUUGAAUGCACUGUCGGCCUUCAAGUCAAGUGAGAGAGGAAAUAUGCCCAGUUGAAUGCACUGUCGCCCUCCAAGUCAAGUGAAAGGACAUGUACCCAGUUGAAUGCACUGUCGCCCUCCAAGUCAAGUGAGAUGGGACAUGUACCCAGUUGAAUGCAUUGUCGCCCUUCAAGUCAAGUGAGAGGACACAUGUACCCAGUUGAAUGCACUGUCGCCCUCCAAGUCAAGUGAGAGGACAUGUACCCAGUUGAAUGCACUGUCGCCCUCCAAGUCAAGUGAGUGGGGACAUGUGCCCAGUGGAAUGCACUGUCGCCCUCCAAGUCAAGUGAGAGGACAUGUACCCAGUUGAAUGCACUGUCGGCCUCCAAGUCAAAUGAGAGAGGACAUGUACCCAAUGGAAUGCACUGUCGCCCUCCAAGUCAAGUGAGAGAGGACAUGUACCCAGUUGAAUGCAAUGUCGCCCUCCAAGUCAAGUGAGAGGGGACAUGUGCUCAGUUGAAUGCACUGUCGCCCUUCAAGUCAAGUGAGAGGACAUGUACCCAGUUGAAUGCACUGUCGGCCUUCAAGUCAAGUGAGAGAAGAAAUAUGCCCAGUGGAAUGCACUGUCGCCCUCCAAGUCAAGUGAGAGGGGACAUGUGCUUAGUUGAAUGCACUGUCGCCCUCCAAGUCAAGUGAGUGGGGACAUGUGCCCAGUGGAAUGCACUGUCGCCCUCCAAGUCAAGUGAGAGGACAUGUACGCAGUUGAAUGCAAUGUCGGCCUCCAAGUCAAGUGAGAGGACAUGUACCCAGUUGAAUGCACUGUCGGCCUUCAAGUCAAGUGAGAGAGGAAAUAUGCCCAGUUGAAUGCAUUGUCGCCCUCCAAGUCAAGUGAGAGGACAUGUACCCAGUUGAAUGCACUGUCGCCCUCCAAGUCAAGUGAGAGGAGACAUGUACCCAGUUGAAUGCACUGUCGCCCUCCAAGUCAAGUGAGAGGACAUGUACCCAGUUGAAUGCACUGUCGCCCUCCAAGUCAAGUGAGAGGACAUGUACCCAGUUGAAUGCACUGUCGCCCUCCAAGUCAAGUGAGAGGACAUGUACCCAGUUGAAUGCACUGUCGCCCUCCAAGUCAAGUGAGAGGACAUGUACCCAGUUGAAUGCACUGUCGCCCUCCAAGUCAAGUGAGAGGACAUGUACCCAGUUGAAUGCACUGUCGCCCUCCAAGUCAAGUGAGAGGGGACAUGUACCCAGUUGAAUGCACUGUCGCCCUCCAAGUCAAGUGAGAGGACAUGUACCCAGUUGAAUGCACUGUCGCCCUCCAAGUCAAGUGAGAGGACAUGUACCCAGUUGAAUGCACUGUCGCCCUCCAAGUCAAGUGAGAGGGGACAUGUGCUCAGUUGAAUGCACUGUCGCCCUUCAAGUCAAGUGAGAGGACAUGUAACCAGUUGAAUGCACUGUCGGCCUUCAAGUCAAGUGAGAGAAGAAAUAUGCCCAGUGGAAUGCACUGUCGCCCUCCAAGUCAAGUGAGAGGGGACAUGUGCUUAGUUGAAUGCACUGUCGCCCUCCAAGUCAAGUGAGUGGGGACAUGUGCCCAGUGGAAUGCACUGUCGCCCUCCAAGUCAAGUGAGAGGACAUGUACCCAGUUGAAUGCACUGUCGGCCUCCAAGUCAAGUGAGAGGACAUGUACCUAGUUGAAUGCACUGUCGGCCUUCAAGUCAAGUGAGAGAGGAAAUAUGCCCAGUUGAAUGCACUGUCGCCCUCCAAGUCAAGUGAGAGGACAUGUACCCAGUUGAAUGCACUGUCGCCCUCCAAGUCAAGUGAGAGGGGACAUGUACCCAGUUGAAUGCACUGUCGCCCUCCAAGUCAAGUGAGAGGACAUGUGCCCAGUUGAAUGCACUGUCGCCCUCCAAGUCAAGUGAGACAUGUGCCCAGUUGAAUGCACUGUCGCCCUCCAAGUCAAGUGAGAGGACAUGUACCCAGUUGAAUGCACUGUCGCCCUCCAAGUCAAGUGAGAGGGGACAUGUACCCAGUUGAAUGCACUGUCGCCCUCCAAGUCAAGUGAGAGGACAUGACCCAGUUGAAUGCACUGUCGCCCUCCAAGUCAAGUGAGAGGACAUGUACCCAGUUGAAUGCACUGUCGCCCUCCAAAAAAUUGACUUAAGUGUUGCACCCAAAAGGCAAAAAAUAUGAUAAAUGUCAUUCAUAAAAAAGUGGUUUUUGAAAAAGAAAAGAUAUAGAGUCUGCUUGAGACAAAGUUGAUCAAAGAAAUAAGUGGACAGUCCAAUACACCUGUCUAAAAAAAAGUUAUAUAAACAUGUAAUAAAAAUUUACCAAAGAAUGGAACAUGAAUGAAACAAGGUUUAGAGAAGAUGUUGUAUAUUCACGGGAAUGAGGAUACUUUGUCAGCGAUUUCUUAAUAAAAUAAACAAAAAUGCAUUCCCAA